AACUUGUGGACAAGUGCAUCGGUUCACGUAUACACAUCGUGAUGAAGAGCGACAAAGAAAUUGUUGGGACACUUCUAGGAUUUGAUGACUUUGUCAAUAUGGUGCUGGAAGAUGUUACGGAAUUUGAGAUCACACCUGAGGGCAGAAGAAUCACAAAGCUGGACCAGAUUCUGCUCAAUGGAAAUAACAUAACUAUGCUGGUUCCUGGAGGAGAAGGACCUGAAGUAUGAAGACAUGAUAUUCAUAUGUAUUUUUUAUAUAUAUAUACAAAAUCUAAAUAGAGAUUUUGUGGUAGAAAUGUUUGGGUAUGGAUCGUUUGCUUUGCUUACACAAUUGACAUUGUACAAAAGACAACUCUUAAGGAAAAGUGCUGGUGGUAAUGUUGAUUUUGUAAAUUGAAAUCAUGUCUUUCUUGUAAAGACAUCUGAACCUCUUCUGAAUAAAAGGCUUUUUCUUCGUUA